UGUAAAAUAUUUGAGACGAAUCUGUUUGGUUUUGGGUAAAACGAGUAGACUAAAACGUUUUGUUUAUCUCAGAACAGAAAAUAGGAAGCCUUACUAUCAUGCGCUCAGUGCUUCUGAAACAUAAUGACUGCAGCAGAACUCUACUGUAAUUUAACAAAAUGAAAAAAAAGACGUGGUUUAAUACGAUUCUAUUGUGUGGCAAUGUUAAAGUUCCAAAUGCGAAAAAAAUAAAAAAAUUAUAUUAUAGAUUAAAAAUGUAUUUCGAAUCAUGGCUGUUUUAUCUGAUUUAAAAAAAAAAAAAAAAAAAAAAUAGGGGACUAUAAAAGGAUUCGCGUUUUGAUACUGCAGAAACACAAAAGGACACGUAGGGCUGUUGUAAGUAAAGCAAAGGUCAAAAUGUUUACAUUUUUUAAAAGGCGCUGUCGAGCUGGGAGGUGCUGAAACCUCUUUACGAACCUUUCCGCGUGAUUGGCAAACUUGACAGUGAUUGACAAGGCAUCCAUGGCAACCACGCAACCAAUCUGCCAAGUCCAAUAGAAAAUCAGCACAGGGCUGAAUGCCUUUUUUUCCUUCAAAAAAACAUCUCGGAUCUAGUUGUAUAUCCUCGUACUUCAAGCCACCAAGUUCGUCCGCAGAGGCUGCCACAGGGCAUUCUUUGUGUUUGUUUUUCAACGGUAGAUCUGUUGACAGGAUUGCUGGUUCUUUUUUUUUUUUUUUUUUUUUUUGGUCUGAAUCCGAAAGAAAAAAAAGGCUCCAUGUUUCAGCUGCCCAUUCUGAAUUUUAGCCCCCAGCAGGUAGCUGGGGUAUGUGAGACCUUAGAGGAGAGCGGAGACAUUGAACGCCUUGGUCGUUUUCUGUGGUCCUUGCCAGUAGCACCCGCAGCCUGCGAGGUACUGAACAAAAACGAGUCCGUCCUUCGAGCGCGAGGCAUCGUGGCCUUCCACACCGGGAAUUUCAGAGACCUCUACCACAUCUUGGAAAACCACAAGUUCACCAAGGAAUCGCACGCCAAACUGCAGGCCCUCUGGCUGGAAGCACACUACCAAGAAGCGGAGAAGCUGAGAGGUCGCCCCUUAGGACCAGUGGACAAGUACCGGGUGAGAAAGAAGUUCCCUCUUCCCAGAACCAUUUGGGACGGAGAACAAAAGACGCAUUGCUUCAAGGAGAGAACCAGGCACUUGCUAAGAGAAUGGUACCUCCAAGACCCUUACCCUAAUCCCAGCAAAAAAAGAGAGCUAGCCCAAGCGACCGGACUUACUCCAACACAAGUGGGAAACUGGUUCAAAAACCGCCGACAAAGGGACAGAGCAGCGGCAGCUAAAAACAGGCUGCAGCAGCAAGUUUUGUCCCAGGGGUCGGUUCGCUCCUUGACCGAGGAGGAGAAUACAGUGGACCGUCUUGGGGCCGCCUCCAGUCCCGAAGCCACCCUUUCCAGCAAGGCAGCCGUUUCUGCUAUCUCCAUCACAUCUAGCGACAGUGAAUGUGACAUCUGACACAUCAGCAUGGGCAACCUGCACAAAAUAAAACUAAAGGAAAUCAAGAAAAACUAUAAACAGUGCCUGCGUAAACAUAAACCCAU